GUUAGUAGCUGGGAAAGAGCAAAGCAGGACAAGACGGAGUGAGCUAAAAUGAAGAGGAAGGCCAUUCCUCAAAAGCAUUCAAGAGAGCAGAGCAGGACUAAAUGGGCAAUGUGAGGUCCUGCUACCUCAGAGUUGUGGUAAACAAUUUGCAUUGAUUGUCUUUACCCAGUCAGACUUAUUGAGUCAGAGGAUGAAGUUGGAAGGGAGUUUGGUUUCAAUGGGAUACCAGUUUGGAGAAGUCAUGAAAAGAUAAGCUUUGAUCUUUAUUCAUUUUUAUUUCACCUCUGUUAGCCAGAAGAGUGUUUUAUUACCUGAUAAAUUGUUGUACUAAGACUAAGUAAACAAAAAAUCUUUUUGUGCUCCACUGAGUGCACUUCCUUCUUGUUUGAAAUAAAGUGAAUAACGGGGAGAUUGUUUUGGACUUUGUUCUGAAGUGCAGAGAUAAGCAAUGAAGCAAGGUGUUUGGAGACAAUUGCGUUCAAGAAGGCUUGAUUUCAGCACCUUGGACCACAAGGCUGACCUGGACCAGGCCUGGGAUCUGCUUUUGAAAAACGUCCCCCAGCUUCAACUAAAUGCCCUCGACUUCUCAGACCUUUGGGAAGAUGAAGGUGUGGAGAUUGAGUCUGGUGAAGGAAGCCUGGUGGCCUCUGCUGGGUGUGAAAAGCUGGAAGAGGUUGAUGCAUCAACUCCACCAUCAUCUCCUCCUCCUCCUCCUCCUCCUCCACCUCUACCUGAGUCAGGAGCCUGUCCACUUCCAGGUCUUGAUGACUGCACAGGACUUUCCACAAAGCAGUCAACGAUCCGUCUUCACUGGAAUGAACUCCUUUCUCUGCCACUGCUGCCCACAGUCAGUCACUUUGGGCAGCAGACAAUCUGGGCCAGGCUGGAGCCAGUCAAUGUAGACACACACAAACUGGAAUAUUUCUUUAAGUCCAAACCAGGAGGACUUGGUGCCUUCAAGAGCAAAGGUGGUGCACAGAUGUUCCUGAAUGUUCUGGACCUCAGAAGAAGCAAUAUCGUCAACAUCGCUCUGAGUUCAUUACCAGCACCUCACAUAAUCCGAGAAGCUGUCCUUAAAAUGGACGAGUGUGUUCUAGAUAGAGAAGAUAUCCAGAGAAUGAUGGUGCUCAUACCCUCUGAAGAAGAGAUGUCCUUGAUCAAAGAGGCAAAGAAAAAGAAUCCCAGCUUGCCCCUGGGCUCUGCUGAGCAGUGUCUUCUGACCAUGGGGUCUGUGCCUGACCUGCAGGCAAGACUUGAUUUAUGGACUUUCAAAAUGGAUUAUGACAGCCUGGAGAGGGAGAUAGCAGAGCCUUUGUUCAACCUAAAAAUAGCCAUGGAGCAGCUGGCAAGCAACAAGACUUUCCGGUUUAUCUUAGCUACUGUACUCGCAAUAGGAAACUUUCUUAAUGGCUGUAAGGCUAAAGGUUUUGAACUUGGCUACCUAGCUAAGCUUCCUGAGGUUCGAGACACGGUUCACAGAAAGACUCUUCUCCACCACACCUGCUCCAUUUUGCUGGAUUUGUUCCCUCAGAGUACAGACUUUCAUUCAGAGAUCACAGCAGUUACCAAAUGUGCAAAGGUGGAUUUUUCCCAGGUGUUGACAAACUUAGAGCAGUUAGAGACUCGCUCCAAGGCUUCUGCUGGACAGCUAAAAGUUAUCAGCAAAAGAGAAACGGGGUCAGCAUUAAAGUGCAGACUGAAGAGUUUCAUAAAAGACUCAGCACACCGAGUGAACAUUCUGAGAGCUGUCUAUCGUCGAGUCACCAACAGGUUCCAUUCAUUCCUACUGUUCCUGGGCUAUCCAAAAUCAGCUGUGAGAGAACUUCACGCUGAGAGAUUCUGCAAAAUUGUCAGUGAUUUUGCUUUAGAGUACAGGACUGCUCGGGCACACAUUGUCCAGCUCAGGGAGAAACAGAAUGAAAAACAGGGCUCAUGUGCAAGUCCAGCAUGUCAAAGAAAUGAAUCUUCUGAUGACGUCAAGCAGCAUGAAUGCAUGAAGGAGAUUCUCAGCACCCCAGAGAUGACUCGACGUCUGGACAAUUCUCUGCCAAGGCCUCGUUACAAGAAAGAUGGUAAAGGUCCCACUCCCCAGAAAACCCAGCGGCCAAUGUAAAAAAAGAAGAAAAGGCAUCUGUAAUACAGCUGGCACUGAUGAACACCCUUUUAUAAAUAUUGGAGGCACUGGGCAAGUUUGUAAAUACCUAAAGAGUUUUGUGGAUCUGAAUCAUCAACACUUUUAAAGAGUUACAACCAUCCUACUGUUUUAUUUGUGGUCUUCAAUAUUGUUCACUUGUAGUGUAAAUGUAAGUUAUUCAUCCCUUUGGACUUCCUCAUGUGUUAUUAUUUUACAGAACUCAAAUGUAUUUAGUGGGAAUGUAAUGCCACUGAUCAACAUGUCAAAGAGAAAUAAAACCGUACAGAUCCUUUAAAAUUGAUUAUAAACAGAAAAUGAUUGAUCAUUAAGUAUUCAAUAUGUCCCCCAUCCCGAAUAUUCAGAGAUUCACUAUUAAACAAAGAUGUCCAUGCCACAUUACACAACUUCUAGUCACUGAGUAUGUUAGACUGCAGUCUAGAAGGAUCGGCCCAAGAUGGUUGUGGUAGAAACGGUAACCUUAAAUAUAAAUCUAUUAAUAAUCAGCCCACAGAACCAGGCAGGAGGAAGCUUGUCCAUUGCAGUUCUUAUUUCUCAUCAUGAAGAGUUAUAGACUCUGUCAUAGCAGCCUGUGAUGGAAUGGCCACAAAGUAAAGACAGAGAGCUAUAUUUACAGAAUGAAUUUACAUAACAGUACUGAAUUAAUGCUGACAUUUGCUCUGAUUGGUUCAUUGGCUUGUACCACCUGAAUAUUUACUCUGAUUGGCUAAAAGACACAAGGAGUUUCCAGCAGAGAGUAUCAUCCAGGCCAUAUGCACCAAAAUAAAAGUCUAAUUUCUACUACAUUCUUGGUCCUUACAAUACUUUUCAAUACUUUUUGAGUUCUUUUUUGUGUGACAUCUGUCAAGUCCUACUGGUAUAUGAUAGUCAGCCAACAUUUUGAAUCAUCACUCAGAGUCUUCUUGUUUUUUGUUGUUCACUUGACCUUUAUCUAAUAUACUGAUAUGCUUACUGAUAACUAGUUUCUGACACUUAUUAACCUUUUUAUAAUACUUGUAAGAUGGAUGCUAUAUUUUAAUGUGGAAAGCAUACCAAAACACUUAAUGCACAAUAACUAUAUUACCCCUCAAUGACUAUUUGACCCCUUCAUCUUAGUCCACACAAGUGAAUUGACCCAGAUUAUUUUCCAAGAUAGAAGCUGAAAGUCUGGAACAGAAUGAGAGGCAAGAGCUCCAGUGGCAGAUUAGACAAAGGUAGGGAGGUAAAGAAGGAGUAUUUAAUUGUAGUUCUCCAUGUGCAAGAGGACCAGCCAACCCACAUGAUAUAAAGAGAGCCAUUCUUAUGUCUGGGUAGGUCCACAGAGGUUCUAGAAUUUCUUAUUUUUCCUUCUAUUUUAUAUAAUCAAGUCCAUCUGGGUUUAUCUACAUCUGUUUAUAAAUCAGGUCUUUCAUUUACCUUAGCAUCCUUGGUGUUCGUUCUGAGUAACAUUUUGGCUCCUGAGUGCCCUUUACUAGCCACUUAGUGUUCAGAUACACAAAUAUAAGACUUAUUGCUGUGUCACAUUAGAUUAUUUUUAAAAAGAUUUUCAAUCGAAGCCUUCAUUUAUGUAAUCUUAUCAGAUCUGAGGCAGUUGGUGGGACCUUCCUGUGAAGGUUCACUUGCCUAAUGACUUGCUCUGAUUUAAAUCAAACAGAUUUGAUUUUGCCUGAAGUUGAAGGGAUAGGUUCUGUGUGUAUUCAAGAGAUGACGACCAAUGAAAGCUCACUUGGAAUUACAAUGCAUAUAAUGCAGCUAUGAGAAGUAAAUAACAUGAAUAUUUUGAACUACUAAACAAAAACAGGCUUGUCUGUCAGAUGCCUUGUGUUUUAUGAAACAUGGCAGAACAGAAAAAAGAAGACAUUGCAGAGAUUGAAGCUGAACUCACCGUGCCUGGAAAGCAUUUGUAUAGCACCAGCUUCAUCAGACGGCAUGUUAUUGGCUGUCAGAAAAAGGGAUGAGCUUGAUUUAAAUUUAUGUGACGGAAAGUCAUUAAAGUUAUGGAAUUUGUCAUGUCCUGCGAUAUUCUAGCCAUGUAAUCUGAUAUCCUUAGACAAUGAAGUCAGCAACGGCAGUUGUCAAAUUUGACAUCUCCUGUGGCUAGAAUUUGUGAAAUCUGCCACUAAUGGUGCAUUUUCUGUAUCUUCUAUGUGUAGGCUAAUUCCUAAUAUUGUAUUUUUUAAGUGUUAAAUGUAAUAUUUGUUGAAAUCUUGUUAACCAUGUAAUGGACCUUGUGAUGAUGUAUGCACUUCAUGGUGCUAUAUAAAAUAAAG